AUGUCUUUUGACGAUCAACAUUACGCGAAUGAAUACGGCUUCGAGUCGAACGGCUAUAAAGACGAAGAAUACUUCGCCGACCAAACGGACAAUGCUCACUUCGGCCAUAAUCCGAACUAUGCAGAACAAUUCGAAGCGAUGGAGGGCUCAUCGGAUUACCGAGAAGAAUAUAGGCAACAAUAUCCUGGAGACUUUUGGAAUGAACAAGAACCACUGUCGUACAAUAGCCGACCUAAGCAAUCCUCACCGCCCCAUCGACCGUGGCACGACAUCGUGGAAACGGCUGAAUCGACGACGGAAAAAGAGGAACCUGGCUCCUACGAUGACGACGGUCGACAUUCGAAAUCGAGUUAUCGGACGUCGUCCAUUGACAAGAACGAUCGACGGUAUGAUAGCGAUUCCAGUCAUCGUGGAGGCUAUUACGGAGAUGAAAUGGACGAACGACGUACCGACUCUCGAACUUACAACUGGCGGUAUGAUAGUAUUCAAGAAGAAGAUCACGUAAAAGAGAACUGGCGAGAUGAGAAGGAGCUUCACGAGUGGGACGAACAGGAACCAGAAGAUCACGAUUGGCGUCAUGAGGAUCAGAAAACUGGGACCAGGGCCCAUGAAGAAGAACAGUAUGCCACCGAAGGAUAUCAGGCGGAUCGGGAAGAUUCGUCGCGACAGAACAGCGUCGAACGGCCAGAAAUGCACCAAACAACUGAUAUAGCUCAGUAA